UGGGCGCCGCACGUGCUCCGGCUGCCUGCCAUUCGCCGCUGGAGGAACCCGCUGCCAGCCGACGUGAGGGCUUCCCUCAGAAGCUGCGCCUUAUCCUAACGGGUGGCUUUUUUUUUCUUGCAUAGGUUUCUCCCGCGCGUUCCACCCCCGCAACCCCUCUCCGUCCUAGCUGCCCUGCGAUCAUGGCCGGGGGCUUCCUGUGGAUCUCGGCCGCCGUGCUAGCCUACUGCGCGGCCGGCACCCGAGCGCUGGAGCUGGGCGACUCUUCGCCGCGCCUGGCCGAGAUCACCGCGCCGAGCCUGGCCGCCGCCGCCGCCUCCUCCUGGCCGAGCGCGGCUCCCGUGGCAGCCGAGGUAGAGGAAGGCUUCGGCGGUUCCAACGCUUCUCGACCGCCUCCGCCCGCUUACCCGAUGUGCGCCGGCCGGCUGGAGAUCAAGAAGACGUUCAAAUACAUCAACACGGUGAUCGCUUGCCUGGUCUUCGUGCUGGGCAUCAUCGGCAACUCCACCUUGCUCCGGAUCAUCUACAAGAACAAAUGCAUGAGGAACGGCCCUAACAUCCUCAUCGCCAGCCUGGCGCUGGGGGACCUGCUGCUCAUCCUCAUCGACAUUCCCAUCAACUUGUACAAGCUUCAUGCAGAAAAAUGGCCUUUUGGAGUUGAACUAUGUAAAUUAUUCCCCUUCUUUCAAAAGACGUCUGUUGGCAUCAUAGUGUUAAGUCUAUGUGCUCUCAGUAUUGAUAGGUAUCGAGCUGUUGCUUCAUGGAGCCGUAUCAAAGGAAUUGGGGUACCAAAAUGGACAGCAAUUGAAAUUGUUUUGAUCUGGGUUGUGUCCUUUGUUUUAGCUAUUCCUGAAGCUAUUGGCUUUGAUAUCGUUAGUAUACCAUACAAAGGGGAGAAGUUGUCUACUUGUUUACUUAAUCCACAUCAAGAAUCAUCUUUUAUGAAGUUUUACCAGGUAGCUAAAGACUGGUGGAUUUUUAGCUUUUAUUUCUGUUUUCCACUGCUAAUCACUGCUCUUUUCUAUACUUUGAUGACCUGUGAGAUGUUAAGAAAGAAGAGUGGGAUGCAGAUAGCAUUAAAUGACCACCUGAAACAGAGACGUGAAGUAGCCAAAACAGUGUUCUGCUUAGUGGUUGUUUUCGCCCUGUGCUGGCUGCCUCUUUACCUCAGUAGCAUAUUGAAGUUUGCUCUCUAUGAUCCACACAGCCCAAACAGGUGUGAUCUUUUGAGUUUUUUGCUGGUGAUGAACUACAUUGGAAUCAAUAUGGCCUCUUUAAAUUCCUGCAUCAACCCAAUUGCUCUGUAUUUGGUGAGCAAAAGGUUCAAAAACUGCUUUAAGUCAUGCCUUUGUUGCUGGUGUCAUUCCAAAGACAUGCUAUCCCUGGAGGAGAAACAGUCCUGCUUAAAGUUCAGAGCAAACGACCACGGAUAUGACAAUUUCCGCUCCAGUAACAAGUACAGCUCAUCUUAAGCAAGAAAGCUUGGACUCA